AUAUUAACUAAAGUCUGUGCCUCUCUGUGUAGUCUGAUCUGGCAGUGACUGAUUGAAGAGAGCGAGAUGGGGGAAUCCAGUGCGUCACCAGCCUUAAAAGCUGUCCUCAUCGUUGGCAAAGUCGUUCUGAUGCUGGCAGCCAUCGCCCUAUUUGCAGAGACCAUCUGGGUGGCGACAGACCAAUUCCGGGUUUACCCUGUCCUGGGGGCAUCGGGUAAGGACGAUGUCUUCGCUGGCGCCUGGAUCGCCAUCUUCACCGGGUUCGCUUUCUUCUGCCUGUCCGUCUUCGGCAUCUUGGCUGUCCUGAGCGAGAGCCGCACCAUGGUCAUCACGCUCACCUCCAACCCACGGUUUAUAAAGAAACAGAUGCUGCAGUUUUAUGGAGACAGUUCCUCGUCCUCUGGACGGGAUCUCACACUCAUGUGGAAUCGGGUCAUGCCGCAGGAGGAAUGCUGUGGGUCCACUGGGCCCACCGACUGGAUUCAAUACACGUCCUUCUUCAGGAGCCGCUUCAACGAAACCUUUGCCCCCUGGCCCUUCCAGUGUUGCAAGAGAGAUCUCAACAGAGAGAUAAUCAGCCAGGAGGGCUGCGCAGUCGGUCACCAGAACUUUCUGUACCAGAAGGGUUGCUUUGAUUACUUCAGCACUGCCAUCAACAGCUACGCCUGGGGGAUUGCCUGGUUCGGUUUCUCCAUUCUCAUGUGGACAUUUGUGCUUCUGCUCCUGACGAUGUACUAUCUGACGACUCUGUGAAACCUGGAUGUGUGCCAACCGUUCUGUGUCCAAAUGCGCGCAGAAAACCCAACUGUCUUUCUCUUUAUGAACUGAAUGUUUGUUUGUAUCUCGACUCUCUAAUCCUCAGUGAGUUCAGCAAACAGAAGCUCCCAAUCCUCACUGGACUCCUUUAACCAAUCCUACACUCUGUUAUAGAAACUAUUAACUAACUGGUGGUGUACAGUUCGUAUUCCCACCCCUCCAUUACACUGCUGGGAAAUGGGAUUCCAUGAUAUUCAAUUUGAUUUAUUUUUCUCUAUCCCACCCUUCUGAUGUGUAUGAGGCAUCUGAACAGUUACUGCUGAAGAAACUAAAAUAGGAAUUGCUGGAGGAACUGGGCAGGUCUUUGCCACAUCUGUGGAGGGAGAAAGCAGAAAGCCAACGUUUCGAGCCUGGUGACCCUUCAGAUGAAGAGGCACUGGACUCUUAACUUUGUUUUCUCUCUCUCUCCACAGACGCUGCCAGACCUACUGAGUUUCUCCAGCAAUCCCUGUUUUAGUUCCAGACUUUUUUUUAAAAAGCAUCCGCAGUGGUUUUGUUUAGGUACAACCAGUGGGUUUGAUUCAUGUCUAUCCAGACCCACUCCCUCCCCAGGGUGUGGGAUCCAGUAACCAUUUCACUCCAUGAGGUGUACGGGAUUUUUGGGAUGUUGACCGGGCUGAGUGGUGUGAGGGUGCAGCAGAGAGAACCCAGUCUCUCCUUCCAAAGUGACUUUCCAUUUCCCUCUCCUGACUUUUUUUUUUAAAAAAUGACCCUGUUUCUGAUCCUUAGAUUAUCUCUUUCCACGCACCCCCUCCCAGCCACUAAAAGUCUGGAGGAUGUGGUGAUCUUUACCUGAUUAUUUUUGGCUGCCUACUGAGGAGUCUGGCUCACUUUUUUUUUCUUUUUUUAAAAAAAAACUGAAGAACUUGCCUUGUGUUUGCAGCCCCUUUUACAUCCCGGAGCGAGCUGGAUUAAUAUCCAGAGCGCUGCCGAAUCGGGCUGGAUCAUGGAGGGGCUUAGACAAGCCAUUCAUUAAUACUGAGUGAUUUGGUGAUGUUGAAGACAUUAAUUUGCAAUAUUUUAAUCUGUUUGAACUGUAGCUUUUUUUUGGGGGGGGGAAGGUCGAGGUGUAUUUGUACAGUGACCCCUGUGUGUGUAUGUGAAGGGGGUUUGUCAGGGAGCUGAUUAUUUUUUUGUAUGAGAGGCAGGGUACAGAGUGUCAGCUGUGACCGAAUGAACACCCCCACCUUGUAUUUGGGACUGUUCUUUGUGAAAUGUGUUUUUUUUUGUUGCCAGCUGCUCUUGUGUAUCACUGUUCAAACCUUUGUAUAUUUUACUCUAAUAUUAAAGUUUUUCCAGUGA